AUGCAACCCAACAACGCGAAUGUCCUUCAGUCAAUACGUGGCAACAUCGCCGCGCUGCAACGCCAAUGGGCAGUCAUCUCCAGCCAGCCCGACGGGCCCACAAAGACCAACGCGCAACAACACCUGGCCUCGCAAUUGAAGCGCUUGCAAAUGAUGGAGCAGUCCGCCAUCCAGUCCAUGGGUGCACACAUCCCACCAGGCGCUCAGCUCGGUCAACCUCAGCAACCUGGUCAGAUGGGCAUGAUGCCGCAGCAGCAGCAGCAGCCCCAACAGCAGCAAUCACCACAACAGCAGCAGCAGCAACAACAGCAACAGGGCAUGAUGAUGCAGGGCGACAACCCCGGUUCGCAACCGACCGUGGACGGCAUGGGUUCGGACCACAACUUUCAGGCAUCACAACAAGGCGAUUUCGCUCAGUUGCAGCAGCAGACACAGCAGCAAUCGCCUUUCGGUCAAAACCCCAUGCAGCCGCCACAAAACCAAGGGCAGCCUUCAACUUUCAAUCCCGCUCAGAUGUCUACGCCGGGCGCGUCAAUGCAGCCGGCCGCAUCGCAGGGCGUUGGCGCGGCUGGUGGGCCAAAGCGAGACUUUGUCGGCACCGUCCGCAACUUCAUGCUCCAACGCGGGACGCCUUUCCCGCCUCAAUUGCCGCUCAGCUUCGUCGGUCCAGCGUCAUCGAAUCUGCCCGGCGAAACCAAGACGAUCGAGCUGCAGGCGCUCUUUGCCGCCGUCAUCCACUCUGGCGGCUCACAACGCGCCGCACAGAUCCCUGGCUUCUGGGCCGUCAUCGCCAGCCGUCUGGGCCUUAAGGUCGGUCCUCCAGAUGGCACCCAGUCGGCACCAGACGCUGUUCCAAGUCCUGGCGAGAUCCCGGAUCGCCUGUCGUCGUUCUAUCGCGAUCGACUGUCUGCAUUCGAGCAGUUCUGGAUAUCACGCAUGCCCCAGCGCCAGGCCAGUGGUCCAGCGGGAGCUGCAGCUUCGCCAUCCGCCUCAGGCUCCGGUGCAUCGACGCAGGACCCAUCACAACAACCUGGAAGCACACCACAGCAGAUGCCGCAUCAGGGACAGCCUUCCGGCGCGCAGCAGAACCCACAGCAGCCGCCACAGCCUUCACAGCAACAACAACAACCGCAGCAGCAGCAGCAACAACAACAACAACAACAACAACAACAGCAGCAGCAGUCCCAACAGCAACAGCUACAUCAGCCGGGAGCUCAGGAUGCCAACGGCCCGGGGCAGCCUGGUGCCAACCGACCCAACGGCCAGACGCCAGUAGCGCCCACCAACUUGCCAGCGAACUUGCAUCAGCAAAUGCUCCAGCUGCAGCAUCUGGUCGCGACGGGUCGUAUCACUUCCCAGCAGGCACGAGAGCGAUUCGUAGCGAUGCAGCAAGCGACACGACAGAUGAUGAUGAAGCAACAACAGCAACAACAGCAGCCGCAGCAACAGCAGCAGCAACAGACGCCGACAUCAGCAACCGCCGACGGCUUUGCAGCACAACAGCAAUCACAAUUCCAGCAGCAACAGCAACAGCAACCACCUUCGGCAGGGAGCAAUGCGAGCUUCCCGGGGAUGGGCGCUAUGCCUUCGCAAGCCUCCCCAGGUCAAGGUCAAGGCGGCAUGCCAGGUAUGCCCGGUAUGGCACAGGCAUCAUCUGCAGCCAACCUGCCUGGAACGAUGCCUGGCGCCCACCCUGAGCUGUUCAACGACCCCUCCAAGCUGCUGGCGCAGCAGCAGCAGCAAGCUUUCCAGCAGCAAGCCUCAGGUGCCGACCAGUCGAGUGCCGAGGGCGUGCCGCAGUGGCCUACGCAGCCCGGCAUGGGCGGUCCUCCGUCCCCGACGAAAUCGCAGAUCAACGGAGCCGGCCCACAGACACCAACGAUGGGGUCGAAGCCCGAGCCGAGGCCAUCAAAGAAGAAGCGCAAGAAGACGGACAGCAUCGUCCCAACGGCUCUGCCGCCGGCGAGUGGUCUCGACUUGAAGCCACCGAUGCCGCACAUGGGCGAGACCACCAAUGGCGCAGCUGCACCUGUACAACCGGCUGUCACUGCUUCGCCUGCUUCGGCCGGUCCUCCACCGCAGCCCGAGAGGCAGCUGGUGCCCGGCACGUCGCAGCCGAUCGGCCCGCCGGCACCGCCGCAGAAGCACAAGAUCGAGUACCUACCCAUCCGCCGCGACCUGCACACAUACGGAGGCUGGGAUCUGUCGCUGGUGGAGUCGCAGUACGCACCUGCCAUGCAGUCACGAGGCCGACCAAGGACGCUGCGCGAGCUGGGUCUCGUGGAUGUGCAGGCGCUCGUCAUGAGCCUGCGCUCCCGGCUCGAUUUUGAGGUGUCGUAUGCGCUCAAUGCGCUGCUCAUCCUGUCGGCCGGCGUCGGUGCUGCGCCCAACUUCCAAUUCGGACUUGCAGCCUGCGAGGAUCUGCUGGACGAGCUGCUGGAGGUGCUCACCGAGUCUUGUUUCGUCUCGAAAGACGAGGAGAUGUCGCAGGGGCUCGGCGCACUCCAAGCUGCAACACGACCUGCGGCCAAGCGCGUGCGCCGCGAAGCUGGGAUUGCUUCCAUGCCGACCUACCGCGACUGGAUCACCGCGGCCGCGGAAGAGGAGGCAGAGCUGCGGAUCUGGCGGCGCAGAAAGGUGCCAAGGUCGCGCUCAGCCGCGGGGAGCGUCGCGGGGAGCGGAAGCGAGCGCUCGUUUGCCUCGUCGUCAACAGCGUUCAGCCAGGAUGUGCUGGAUGGCACCAUCUCGACGAAUGGCGUCGAGUCGGAGCACGAGCGGUCGACCGAGAAGAGGGCCGCGUGUGCGCUGACGGUGCUGACCAUCCUCAAGAACUUCAGCACGAUGCCGGAGAACACGGCAUUCUUCAACGGCACGCCUGCGCUGCUGCAGACCCUGGUGAAACUGUGCCAGAGCGACGCCGAGCGCGUCCGGGCCAUGGCUCUCGGCGAGGAAGCGGACCAAGACGAUGGCGACACAGCGAGCACCGUGUUCACGACGGCCGAGGCGCUGAGGGUGCGCAAGGAGGUGGUGGUGAUUGUGUCGAAUCUGGCCGGCGAGGCGCUCUCGCUGCGCCGCCAGAGCGCCGAGACGGUCAAGGCGCUGUUUGAGUUGCUGGCCUCGUUCGUCUUUGACGCGGCUGCUGUGGAGGAGAUCGACCAUGCUGCCGAGAUUGCGGAUCUGGCGGCGACGUUGCCUCCUGGUGCGGCGGCGCCGCCUGUGAUCCGGCGCACUCCUUACCAUGCGGACCUGGCGUUGGAUGCGCUGUCGAAGCUGGCGCUGCCGGACGACAACCGCGAGGUGAUGGGCGAGGUGCUUGCAGGCGAAGACAUCGAGCGCGUGGUGGACGAGCUGAUCAAGAUGCUGCCCAUGACCGAGGCCGACUUCAAGGUGCUGAGCACCGAGCAUCGACUGGGCUACUGCGAACGCCUCGCCAUGUGUCUGUACAAUCUGGCCUUCCUCGCUCCGCCUCCAGUGAAGCUUCGGCUGCGCAAUAGGCCUGGCUUGGCGGGCAUUGUGCUGCGGAUCGUCAAGAAGCUCGCGCGGGUCACGCCCGAGUUUUCGAAAAACCCAUUCUCGGUGCUCUGCAGGCGGCUGGUCGAGGCGCUCCGGUUGAUCUCGGACGGGCAGGACAUGUUUGGCGCACCGGCGCUGCUCGGAUUCGGGCUGGGCGAAAGCAAUGCAGCCAGCUCGUUGGGCAAGAAGCAGAUCGGCCUACUUCUCAAUGACGAGGAUGGCGUGGUGGAUAUCCUGGCCACGCACGAGCUGGACGGCGUGCUCGCCGAAGAGCUGUAUGCGCUCAUCGCCACGGGCUAG